UUCUGACUGUUGGCCUCAUCUAUCUUAUUCUGUGGCUUGAAUCGAAUUUUAUACCUCCAUACUAGCUAGUGCACAACCAGUUUCAUUCUCUAGCUAGCUACGACAGCUAGCUAGUUUUGCAGUCAGUCAGUCAGCCACCCACCAUGGUCCGCCGCUGUCGAAGCAUCAGCGACUUUUUAAAGGCCAAAUCGGCCAGCAAUAAUCACUAUGUGGGAGAAAUGACAGUCCUCAGUGUCAACAUUUCGGCCUUUCAAGUGCGAUGGGGCGCGGUGAGAGCACGGAUCCGUUCCCAUCCUCCGGAAGCCAAGAAGUUGGAUGAACAUGGUCGGACCGUUCUCUACAAGGCGUUGUCACGACGCACUGAUGACUAUCCUUCCACAGUCAUGGUCCAAGAAUUGGUCGACGCCCACCGCUCGGCCGUGUGGGAAGGCAUUGUCGAUCUCUAUACGAAUGGUAAUGGUCAUGAUGACUACUCCACAAACAAACAGCAGCAACGAGAAGGCGCUCAAGUCAACAAUUCACCCCUGAUAGUAGCAGCGAGAAAAAGGGCGCCAUUGGAAAUUCUGCAAUGUCUCGCUCAUGCCAGACCGUCGGUUCCAUCGUUGGACAUGGCAGCCAUUGUGGCGCUGUGGAAUUCCUACAGAGAUAGUCUCCAUGACGGCAGCGACGACCAAAUGAUAACGAGAAUACUCUUGGAUGGUGGUGAUGAUGAUGAUGAUGAUGAUGAACUGUUUUCCAAGUUGCUGUUCGUAUUACGAUACUGCACGGAUCCUGGUCAGGCUCUGACGACGACACCCCACGGAAGCAGUUUGCACCGAGCGGCUGCCGCGUCUCAGGAUGGUUGUUCCAUCGAGUUGUUUCAAGUCAUUCUGGAGAAAUUCCACAAUCAACUGUCGGCACCAGAUCAUCAAGGGAGAUUGCCACUUCAUAUCAUCCUCAUCAUUCCUCGUACUGUUAGCUCGGAUGACAAGAUGGCGGUGUGGCAGGAACGACAAUCGAGGCUGGCUCGUUGCAAGAUGCUAGUACAGGAGUAUCCGGCAGCGCUGCGGCACACCGAUCAUUCCGGUCGGUUGCCACUCCACUGGGCCAUUUGCAAUCACUGGCAUCACCUGCACCUGAUGGAGCUACUAGAUGUCUUUCCAGAAUCGAUUGCGAUACGGGAUGGGAUAUCGCAGCUGUAUCCCUUCCAACUGGCAGCCACCCACGAUCUGCCACUCACGACAAUCUUCCAACUUUCAAUGAAGGAUCUGGACCUGCUUAGCAGGAGAAUUCCUUCCCAAUCAAAGCCAGUAGCCACAGCAGAACAGGAAAAAGGCAACCAUAAAGUGACCCCCGAUUGGUCUUUGGCCACCGUGUCCGCUCCUUUGGGUAGCAAACCAGACGAGGUACUCGUGUCGACUGAACUCCAACAACUUCUGCAGCAUGUCAAGAGCAAAAAGGACGAUCCGUUAUGGCUGGAUCUACAACGUUUUUUAAUGUCAUCAUCAUCCAACGAGUGGAUUGCCUUGCAUGCCGCCAUGUCCUUGCCAGAAUGUCCCAUGGGACUCAUUCGAGUGCUUCUACGAAUGUAUCCCGCACAGCUGUCCCAACAAGACCGGCGGAUGGGCCGCACACCACUGCACUAUGCGGCUGCCAAUCAUGCCAAGUCGUUGCUGGCCACGACGACGACAACCAUGCUGCUCCAUGACACAACCAAUAACAAUCCACCACAAGAAGACUUGCGCACACUGCGUCUCCAAGCCGUACUCGAAGCCCAUCCAGCGGCGGCUGGCAUUCGAGACACCGACGGGCAGUUGCCGUUGCAUUUGGCCAUUGGCCUGCCUUGUUUGGAAUCUCUAGUGCAUGCCUGGCCGGAUGCCUUGGUACACCGCGAUGGCAAACACGGCAUGUUUCCGUUCUUGUUGGCGGCCUGCAGUCCUGCUGCCAGUUUGAAUGAUGUCUUUCUGUUGCUGUCGAAAGCACCUCAUGUGUUGACCAUGGCAUGUAUGGGGUAG